GUUUCUUGCCAUGACAAAGGGAUACUAGUAUACACAUCACAACUGAACACGGCUGUUGGGGGUAGAUGAAUUUUACCAAGACGUCAUUGACAAACAAAUUCAAGUAUUUUACAUGUGAGAAUACAAAGGCUUCUAGACCAGCAGUAAAUUGACACACCAUCUCCGAAAGUUAGCCAUAGGAAUUUGGAACUUGUUUUCGACACUUCUGUCACCAAAAUGUCUGAGUCACGUUUAAAAGAGGCGAAAACAUUCUUCACAGAGGGGAAUAAGAAAUCAGACGCCGUCAUACAGGUGAAAGACCACGAGCUUCACGUGGACCUGAAUAUAAUCUCUCUGAUGUCCCCGACAUUGGCGAGUGAGUUCCAGCCACGCCCGGACCCCCUGUCUCCCCCUAGCGAAACCAACAAAGCCGUGGCCAAGUUGGACGGACGUGUUGACCACAUUGUGGACAUGCUGACCUCCAUCUACCCCAACUUCAGGAGCGUCAACGUUGUUGAUAAAGACAACGUCGAGUACCUACUCCCACUGGCUGCGAAGUACAAGCUGCUGUUUCUGAUGGAUACGUGUGAAACAUUGAUAAUUGGAGCGGCACCUGGCAUGAAUGACUCUUACCACACAUGCCAGAUAGAAAUAACAAAUGAAGAAUACAAACACGAGAAUAAAGAUCGUCUCAUGCGGUAUUUCGUGUUGGCGCAUAAACAUGAAUUAGAUGUAGUGAGGAAAUGUUGUAUGGACAAGUUAGUAAAAUGCUCUUAUAGCAUACAGACCAAUCAUCAGACUAGAAGGAAUCCAACACGACGCACUGCCGCCUUCCAGCAGCUCGACCCAACUACAAGAUGGGAAAUACUGAGAAAUCGAUUAUUUUACCUGGAAGGUACCUACGGUAAAGUGACAGACAACUUGGAAGACCUUUGAGGGCGUGAGACAUCUUGUGGCUACUUACAGUUCUUGUUAAUCUGCACACAAUAUGGCAACGGCUCCCCCAACGUGGAUAUAAUAUAUUCAUUCGCAAACCAUAGUUUCGUUUUCAGACGGAUUCGAAAAGCUCGACGCUAAAAAUAGCCCUCCAAUCAAACUAAUGUCGCGAGCGAGAUAAACUCGGUGCAAAGUCAGAGAAGGGAGCGUUGGAGGUCACUUCCGAAACGAUGCUGUGAAUAGGUCCACGUCAUGUAUGACAAUGGACCGGAGAUGUCAUACAAUGGAUAAUCGAGUAUAUGUUCAUUGAUUCUAUAUAUAAUCUGUGCUGCUGGACGAUUUUCUCUAGACUAGGCCGUGCUAUGUGUUAUAUACACAUGUACAGACUUGUCACAAGACUAACUAGAUAGACUACAUACGUACGUUGUAUUGUGUAUAUAUACUUUAAUAAGCAUGUCUCCCAUUACGAAAUCAAGACGCUGGUAACAUUUGUCUUCGUGUUGAUGCCUGCCCUUUUCCAUAUUUCCCCAAAAAUGCUACAGUUACUGGUGAACAAACUUAAGAAAGGUCACCUUGAAACGGCAUAAUGCCACAAUAGUAAUGACUGAAACUUAACAUAUACCUUUACAAGCUGCUUAUCUUCAGUUAUGUCUAAACCUAAGGUGACAAUUCACUAUAUGUCUUGAUGAAGUCUCGAUUUAACUUUCAGUCAUUACUAUUGUCAUUGUGUACCUAUCCUGCCAUGUUCAUAUACACAUGCAGCUGGAAUUUUGCUGAGUGCGACGUUAACCAGCAAUUAAACAAACAAACAAAUCACACAACGUGCUUUGAAAACGCUCCACAUCAGAAAUACGGCUCCCCACCAGUCUUCUCAGGCUGUACAGUAGUGAAGCCCAUUUCUGGUGUCCCCCGCCAUGAUAUUGCUGGAAUAUUGCUAAUAGCGGCGUAAAACCAUACUCACUCACUCACUGUACAGUAGUCUGUCACACAGACCCUGAAACUAAUAUAUCCAAUACAGCCAAUGCAAGUCUAUCAUGUUUGGCAAAUCUAGAUUACUCUGGGCUCCUUUUUAUUAUAUUUUUAACUAUUAUUUAACAACUGUUUUUUCUUCUGUAAACUACAUGUAUGUUCAUUUCAGAGACUAGAUGUUAGUCUAGCUGUACUGCUUCCAAUGAGAAAACAUUUCUCUGGGCUGCGGUGGAGCGUGACGCGGUGCACGUGAAGUUCAUGCUCUUGGUAUUCGUCAGUAUCUCUUGUGAACUCGGCACAUCCGCAGUAGUGAACUGAUAGUAAAGGACAAUCCGCCUUCCAAUCCACUUCACGGAUUAUGAAAUCCGCCGGUUCAAUGUUUGAAUACUCUUUUUUUCUGUUUUCUCUCUCUUCGUAUUGCUUUUAUAAUCACAAAUAAACAAAUAUGUUGUGAUCUUGUAUUUUGACGAAUACCCUGCUCAAUCGGAUGGAAUAAUUUAGAUAUCUGUGAGUUGUCGUUGAAUUUCCCUAUCUGUGACAGACAGACAGACAGACAGACAGACAAUAAUUUUUUUGCGUCUCACACAUAAGGUACAUUGUACAAUAUACAUAUAAAAUCAAAACACGCGUAAAACUUACGGCCAGUCGUAAAACGAAUUAUGAGAGACGAUAUGAUCAUAAAACAAACUUGUAUACUAAAAUGAAUAUACAUACAAUAUAUACAUCAUGAAUUUAAAAUAGAUCGGUGCUUCAAUAAAAUAUCAUAGAGGUUUUGGCCACGUAAAAGGUGAGAUCGGAGCUGGAUAGAAGUAGUGUAAAUUGCUCACAGUAGGAAUAGCCUUUGAAAUACGGAUCAGUAAAAGUACAUCGUUUAAGAAGAUCUGUUCUCACAUCAUUAUAUAGUGGGCAUAAAAGUAAGACGUGUAUCUCGUCCUCCACACAGUCUCUACAGUUAAAACAAAAUCGCUCUUCUGCUGGAAUAUUAGAAUAGCGGCCAGUUUCUAACUUUAAUGGGGCUACCCCGCAUCUAAAUUUAGCAAGCGCACUUCUGUGGCAACGACUCAGUGGUUUCUUAACGUAAUCUUCCGUAUCGUUAUGGUGUUUGAAACGCCUGUAGGUUCUCAGUUCAUUUCUUCCCCCUCGCCCCUUGUAUUGACUGUAGCUUGUCCCACCACUUUGUUUUAUACUCUGACAUCAGUCUUUCUCUUACUGCUGCAGCCAGGGGCCUCGACUCAAUGUGUGAGCUAGUAGAUGUUAAGUGCCCAAGGUCUAUUCUCUCGAGACACGACGUCACCCUGGAGUUCCAGUUUUUCUUGAACUUACUUGCCCAUAAAAAUAUCUUCUUAGUGACUCUCCUGUUUGGCGUGUUGACAAGUCUGGCCCAGUGCCUUGAAACUGUGGUCCACGAUCUGACAC